GAUGAAAUCUUUAAACUUGAAUUAAAUAUCAAUAUCUAUGUAAGUUUAUGUAUUACGUUUAAUGUUUUUAACAUGGUUCUAUUUCAUCCGUCCGAAAUAUACAAAAGGAAAGCAGGAAGAAAUAAAUAAUAUUUGGCUUUCUAUUGCAUACCAUUGUAAAUAUACUGCGAGUGGUUACAAACUAUUCCUGCUUCUACGAUUAAAAUAUUGAUACUUUUUCAAUCAGAAUAUGUAUAAAGUUAAGAUACUAGUGGUAGGCCCAAGCCAGUCUGGAAAAACUCUGAUAUCCAAUUUCCUUUCUGAUGCCACAGAAAAUAUGCAAGGAAAAUAUCGACCAACUGUGGGGGUUCGAAUCCUAGAGUUCGAGUCCUCGAAUCUCGACAUUAAUAAGAAAUCUGGUCGAGCCGAGGUCGAACUUUGGGAUACGAGUGGAUCUGGAAACUAUGAAAGUUGCUGGCCUGCGAUACAGAAGGAUGCGCACGGGAUAGUUUUUGUUUUCAAUCCGGAUAAUUCUGCGCAUGUCAAACAGUUGGAUUCAUUAUAUCAGGCCCUGGUUCAAUCUACCUCGAUGCAGGAUUCUAACUGUGUGGUCUUUGCGCAUUAUCUUGGAUCUAAUAAACAAAACAGAGGAAUCAAAUUAUCAAGUUCGUUUUCCAGGCAUUUACAGCAUGAAGACCUGUCUGAAUAUCUGAUUUCUCCAUGUCAUAACAUCUCUUAGACCCAAAUAUCAUUGUAGGAUAUUAGCCUAGAUGACAAAAGUAUGCGGACUGUAAAAUAAAUGCUUUUAAAAGUCAUUUUAAUUAUUGAAUAUUUUUUAAUCAACUCUUAUUCUUAUUCUUAAUCUCCCCUAUCGAUUAAUCUCUUCAAGGGAGUGUUUGUGAAAAAGAAAAAGAGAGGGGGUAUAUGAAGAAUCUGAAUCAAAUAUGGAUUCGAUCCCUCCAUCUUUUACCUGUUUAAUGUAACUCCAAAUCUAUCAAACUAAUAAUCAAAAAAUAUUAAAUAUUAAGCAGU